AUGUCGUUCUCUGACUUCAUCGUGGACUUUCUGAACAUUGUCACCCUCGGCCGAUCCAAGUUCAUCCUCAUCGCCCGAGCUAUCGCAUGCUUCAAACUUGUAUCUCUCGCAUACUUCCUCGUCUGGUCGUACGGCAGCCAUCAGUGCUUUCGAGACCUCACUGGCUUUGCAAGCUUGGUUGUUUUCCUACCCUUCUUCGCAUGUCUUGCUCUGUUUGCCGUCGAAGUGUUGUUCUGGAUGUUCUCUUUGUACAAGAAGAUGCUCACCCGUAUGUACACGCAAAGUCUGCUCGACGCAAACCGCAACCUGCUGUCGCUCUGCACCCCGGAGUUGUGCAUGGCGCAGAAGUUGAGAAUAAGAGGUCUCAACGUGCUAACCGACGUUGGCAUCUUGAUAUGGUUGAUCAUUGUGUGUGCCAUGUAUGCCGAGUUUGAAAGAUCGCAAGCAACAACACAAUGUAUCUACGAUGCGAAGCUUGGCGAGCCAAACAGCUGUGUCAUCUGCAGCUUGCAACCGUUGGUUGCCGCGUAUGCGUGCUUCUUGGGCGUAUCCACAGGCAUCAUCUUGAAGACAGUUGUCCUGGCCUCGCAUGGAGACUUCACGCUUCAGUCUCGAGUGUUAGAGAAUGUCCUCAUGAACGCAUCGCGCUGCAAGAACCCUUUCUGGGUGUGGGUAAACUGCAGUGAGCUCCGACAGCUGUACUCUGCUACCAUGGCCGGGAUCUUGUUCAUUCCGGCGCUCCUGCUGAUACUGGGAGGCUACGUCAUGGUUUCCUCAAAGGCUCAGGUGUUCAUCGCUCCUCUCCUGCUUGCUGCGACAGUGAUCAUCGUGCUCGUGGACGGAGGGCUCCUGUGCCUCCCUUGGCGCCUGUUCUGGUCCUUCCUCUCAUCCGGAGGAUCCUUGCCAUCGCUGAAGAUCACCUCCAUGGUCUCGAGGCCUCAGCGCAAGGUUAUCGCUUCCUUCCUAUGGUUCUUGUCAGUGCCAUGGAUAGGUGGCUGCCUGCUGGCCAACAUGGGAGCCCUGGGAGGGAUAAACAAUUUCUCUGCCAUUCUUCUGCUUAUCUGUGCGAUCUUGACGGUCUUCUUGUUUCUUGUUCGAGACCGUGAGAUGUCUGUCGACGAGAACAUGAUGCGAACUCCCGUCGACAACUACGGCCUGAUCAUGUCCAAGGAGCGGAUGGUGUCUGAGUUUGCGCGCAUCUUGGCAGAGAGCAAGGACGGUCCAGCUGUUGUGGAGCACGAAGUUCGGAUUCCCACCUACCUUGCGAGUCAAGAUAGGAUCGACCUUGCUGCGAUCGUCAGCUACCGUUGGAGCAACGAGCACAUGUACAGGAGCAGGAACCCCAACGCUGAUGCUCCCCGCUGCUACAAGAUCCGUCUUGCCGGCAACCAGGGGUUCGAUUGGGUCGUCACCAUAGUCGAGCCGAUGCUGCAGGGCAUGGUGACGGCGCUGUCCAAGGGCAGCCAGGAGUACGUGUGGAUGGAUCAGUUUUCGAUCCCUCAGGAGAACAAAGGAGGUACCAUGGAGCGGGAAGAGCUCAAACGUGCUUUCAAGAGUCAGCUGAUCCCGCGCAUGAUCGGCCUCUACUCGUCUGGAGGGAUCGUGGUCGCCUUCAACAACACGGGAGACUCUCGGAUCCUGGAGGAGGACUGGUAUCAGAACCGCCUGUGGUGCCUGCAGGAGUACACGUUCCCAGAGAAGAUCGUCUUCGAAGACAUCAGCGACCGCAAGGGAGGAGAUCAUGAAAAGGAGAUCAACAGCAAGCGGUCGAGGAUGAGUCAGCUCUGGUUCCGGUCGACCAAGCGGAUCCGAUCGAACCAAGUGGCCGACGUGCUGAUGGACCACGAGAGCAUGCAGCAGAAGAUCCUGCUAGACUGGGACCAAACCUCCAGCUCCCUCCCCCUGGAUAUCAUAGAGAGGGUGACCAUGAUCGGACCCUCCGACUACUUGACAACCGUCAACAGCCUGAGCGCGUCCAAUCGCAACGACAUCCUUCCCGCCCUCGCGCAAGCAUGGUUUGGUAUCAUCAUGACGAGAGAAGAGACCAAGUUCAAGCUCAUCACCAGCAUCGUCAACUCCUACUUCAAGGAGACCCACAACUUGUCCAUCGAUGUCAUCGUCAACAGAGAGGAGGGUUCUCAGGUUCUCCCGUCCUCAGGGAGCAUGUCUGUCCAUCGCAUGCUCGCCGGCCUUCCCGCAACCAACGAGGCGGGAAACGCGCAGCUUGUCAAGAUCAAGUGCCAUGGAGUGAAGCAGACACAGCGUGAUAGCUUGCCUGACUUGCACGUCAUGACAGGACAGCUUCUGACUCCUGCUGGGUUCGAGGACUGGACUACGACGUUGGAAUGUACAAGGGACCCGAACAGCAUCGAGGAAGGAGUAUACAAAUACCACCUAGUCAAGAUGACUGUCUUUCAAGGCUCGCGGGAGGCUGCCGGGCAGGAAACGUACGCAGUGACGAUGUCGCGAGUCAGUGUUCGAGCGAUCUCUGUCGACGAGUGUCAACGCAGCAAUGUCGUGUGCAAGAAGACUGUCAAACAAACUGUAUCAGUAUUUGGCAGAGUGAAAGCUGUCGCCAUGGCACAGCCCGGCUUGAAUGGGCCGGAAGUUGAGUGA